AUGUCGACCAUAAUCAGAGAAAAAACUGAAACUCGCAAAACUGAGGUAUUUUUAUGGACAAUUGAACAUUUUUCUGAACUCCAUUUCACCCAAGUAAAGAAAAUUGUAUCACCGCUAUUUGAGUCAGAAACACGAUUUGCUCCUGCCUGCAUGGACAGCAGUGCGGGGCUUCAAACCUUUAGUUGGAAUCUUGAAUUUAUUCCGAAUUUUUUUGGUAAUUCAGCAUUUGGGUUUUAUCCAAUCAGGAAAGAAAAAAUUGUAAGCGACACUAAGCCUUUUACACAUACACCUACAGAAAUUGCAGUAGUCAAUGAAGAUUUGGAAAAUAUUUUUACAAUCAAACAAGAUCAAUUGAAUGACUGUCGUGUUUCUCCACCUUUAAAGGGCGGUGGUUGGAGUUAUUUUAUCAACGUGGGACAGAACUUAUUGAAGACUGCUCAACAACAUCCUUCAAGAUGGUUGCCAAAUGAUGCAUUAACGAUAAGAAUUAAAAUUGAAACGGUACAGAAAAAUUUAGCACCACAUACAAUUGAUGAUGCACCCAAAGAAGAGCCUAAAAGCCAAUUAAUAUCUGGUUUAUUAUCUUGUCUUGAAAAUGAAAAGUUUAGUGAUGUUAUUCUUGAAGUAGAUGGAAAAGAGAUAAAAGCUCACAAGAUGAUGUUGUCUAUCAAAAGUCCAGUUUUUUCAGCAAUGUUUAAUCAUGAAUCAAUGAAAGAAUCAAAAGAUAAUCGUGUCAUAAUUGAGGAUACUGAUGCUGAUGUUAUCAAACAAAUGUUGGAGUAUAUUUACACUGAAAAAACACCAUCAAAUAUUGAUAACUGUGUUCAUGAUCUCGUUGGUGUUGCUCACAAAUUAAAAAACAAAGCUGUUGAAUUUGUUGAACAAAAUGUAUCAAUUAUUGAGUCAGCUGCUUUUAAAAAUUUAGAAAUUCAAAAUGCUAAUUUGGCAUUUGAAAUUCUUCGACAGUUAAUAUUAAACAAAUGA